AUGAUUGAGAAAAUUGGGGAGGAUAAUGUGGUGCAAGUUGUGACAGAUGGUGCCUCAAAUCUCGUGGCAGCGGGGAAGAUGUUAGAAGAGAAGAGAACAAAAUUAUUUCGGUACCCUUGUGCGGCUCACUGCCUUGCUUUAGUCCUUGAAGAUAUUGGGCAACUUCCAAUAUUUUAUAAUACUAUCACUAAUGUGAAGAAAAUAACAACAUUCACUUAUAGGCAUGCAUGGGUCCUUAACUUGUAUAGAAAAUAUUCCAAGGGAAGAGAAUUAGCUAGACUAGCAGUAACAAGAUUUGCAACAACUUAUCUUACACUAAGUUGCAUAUUGCAGCAAAAGAAUGCUUUUCGAACCAUGUUUGCUUCAGAUGAUUGGGUUUCUAGUUCUUUUGCUAGUAAAAGUGAGGGUAAGCAAGUGGCAGACAUGAUUUUUGGGGACUCUAGAUUUUGGAGUUCUAUCAAAUAUUGCUUAAAGUGUGUGAGUCCGCUUGUAAAAGUUUUGAGACUUGUAGAUGGUGACUCCAAACCUGCUAUGCCAUAUAUUUAUGAAGCAAUGGAUAGAGCCAAGGAAGAGAUUGCUGACAAUUUUGAAAAGAAGGAAUCAAGAUACAAAAAAAUAUGGAAGAUUAUUGAUACUCGUUGGAAUUUGCAACUACAUAGACCCCUCCAUGUGGCUAUUUACUUUCUUAAUCCUGAGUAA